CAGUUCAGUAGUUGACGACUCGACGCGCCGGCGCGCUCGUAUCUGGCAGUCAGCUGUUUGACCUUGUGUGCAAUAAAUACCUAACAAAAUAACCCAACUCACAACAUGGAUUUCAACGAUAAAGUUGUGUUAAUAACCGGUGGCAGUUCAGGAAUUGGAGCGGCUACCGCCAUUUACUUUGCCAACCUGUCAGCAAAGCUGGUAUUAGUUGGCCGUAAAGAAAAUAACUUGCGAAGAAUCGCUGCAUAUUGUGAGAAAGUAAAAGGAGUAAACCCUCUCACUAUAACCGCGGAUGUAACUGAGGACGCAGAUGUAGAGAGGAUCAUCGAGGAAGCCGUGGGACAUUUCGGGAAGCUGGACGUGUUGGUCAACAAUGCCGGCGUUUUAAAGCCGGGUGGAAUUAAGAAUUCCAAUAUGGAUAACUAUGACACAGUAAUGUCUACGAAUAUGCGCGCAGUUUAUCACUUGACAAUGCGGGCUACGCCUCAUCUCAUUAAAAGCAAAGGCUGUAUCGUCAACGUGUCUAGUAUAGCUAGUACGAAGCCUAACGCUUCAACCAUAGCUUACAACGUUUCGAAGGCCGCAUUAGACCAGUUUACAAAAUGUGUAGCGCUGGAAUUGGCGGCAGAUGGUGUUCGCGUUAACUCGGUGAACCCUGGAUUUGUGAAAACGAAUAUUUUGAGUGAUACGGGAUUAUCGGAAGACCAAUUGGAGCUGGUCGUGCAGAAUAUUGUCAACAACAUGCCACUGAAGAAGCCGCUGCAAGCGGAUGAGGUCGCUGGCGUCAUUGCGUUUUUAGCAAGCAACAAAGCUAAAAGCAUUACUGGAUCUUGUUUCGUAAUAGAUGGCGGUAGCUUAUUAAAGUAAAACUAGUAAUAAAUAGUAUGCAAUCUCAAUUACAUACUUUAUUACAUCUUAAUCAGAUUUCAUUUACGAUUCGGAAUCUAAAAAAUACCUUUUUGAAAAGUCUAUUUCAUUAAUUAAUUUAUUAUUAUCUAAGUGUAAAUGUAUUAAAUUAGUGCCAUUGAUGAAUUAACCUAUUCCUUUAUGAAUAAA